CACAACCACAACCACAACCUACAACCCCAUUCAACCCCGACCCGACAGACGAAAUGCGAGCCUCCAUGCUCAAAGUGCUCGGCGAAGAAAAAUACCUUUACUUCUUCGACAAGUUCCUCGAAUACUUCUUCACCGAGUCCGAUGCCCAAUGCUUCGCAUCGCUCGGUCUGAACGCUAUCCGGUUACCGAUCAACUAUAGGCAUUUGGAGGAUGAUAUGAACCCGAGGGUGUUCAAGAAGGAGGGGUUGAAACAUUUGGAUCGGGUUAUCGAGCUUUGCGCCAAACACGGGAUCUACACGAUCAUCGACCUCCACGCCGCCCCCGGUGCGCAGAACACCGAUUGGCAUAGCGAUUUGGGCGUACACAAGGCGUUGUUCUGGGAUUACAAGGAUUUCCAGGACAGGACUAUUACGAUCUGGGAACAUUUGGCCGAGCACUACAAAUCCAACCCCUGGGUAGCCGGGUACAACCCCCUCAACGAACCCACCGACCCCAAACACACCCGGUUGGUAGAGUACUACGACCGGAUCGAAAAGGCCAUCAGGAAGGUGGACGACAAGCACAUCUUGUUUCUGGAUGGAAACACCUUCGGAGCCGACUUUUCUGCUUUCAUGGAUCACCCCGGUCUGCCCAACACCGUUUACGCCUGUCACGACUACAGCAGCUUCGGUUUCCCCAACGCCCCCGAGGUGUACACCGGCACGGACGCGCAAAAGGACAAGCUCAAGAGGUCUUUCGACCGCAAAAUCCAGUAUAUGAAGAAGAUCGGUGGACCUAUCUGGAACGGCGAGUUCGGUCCCGUCUACGCUGACAAGUCCGACGGACCCGAUUUCGAGCAGACCAACGAGGUCCGUUUCCGGGUGCUCGAGGACCAACUGCAGCUGUACGACGAGACGGCUUCCUCCUGGUCCAUCUGGUUGUGGAAGGAUAUCGGGUUCCAGGGGAUGGUCUACGUGGACGAGGAGACGGCUUAUAUGAAGCUGAUGAAGCCGUUCCUUGAGAAGAAGAAGCAACUCGUCAUCGACGCUUGGGGCUGCGAUGACACCCCCGUCCGGGACCUGUUCGCUCCCAUCGCCGAAUGGGCUCGAAACGCCGCUCCUUCCUUCAAAGACCGUUACCCAAAGACGUGGGACGAGAAACGUUUCAUCGCGCGUCUCGUCCGGGAGAUCCUUCUCUCCGAAGAGCUCUGUGACGAGUACGCCUCGUACUUCAAGGACAAGACGUUGGAGGAGCUCGACGAACUCGCCAAGUCGUUCCACUUUGACCAUUGUCAACAGAGGACCAAGCUGAACGAGAUCCUGCGUGCGCACAAGGGUAACUAGGAUACCAGGACGCUUUCAUGAACCGUUGGGAGGAAAAAACGCAGGGGUCCAUCCAGGGCGCAACAGUUGUAGUAGUAAAAAGAGGUACCCAUUAUGGAGGAUGCUAUAAAGUUAAUUCGAGCG